AUGCAGGAGCACGUGCGAGGCGGAGGUGUGGAGCCCAUCGCCAGCUCCGGGUCGAUCGUAAAUGCAGAGUUGCUUCACACCGUCCCGAAUGUUGAAAGCUGCGGAGAGGACAACAGGCCUCAGUGUGCAGACAGACCCCGUCUGCCUCCCCUCUCUGCCUGUAUCUCGCUCCCCUCCGGGGCCACAGACCCGCUUCUGGUUCUGCUGGAGCAGCUGGACCACUGGCAGGAAUACCUGGCUCUGGUGAACAUGAUCCUGUUCUGCACGGGUUUCCCGGGACACUACCCCGUCAGCGAGACCACCAGCUCCCUCACACUCACCUUCUGGUACACCCUGCAGGAUGAUAUUUUGUCAUUUGAGGAAGAAAAGCAGGGAGGAUACCUGCAGAUCUACCGGCCCGUUUACUUCCAGCUGGUGGACGUGCUGCUGCAUAAAUCCCACUACCCGUCUCAGGAGGAGUACGCCUCCUGGUCCUCCGACGACAAAGAGCAGUUUCGGAUUUACAGGGUGGACAUCUCGGACACGCUGAUGUACGUGUAUGAGAUGCUGGGAGCGGAGCUGCUCAGUAACCUGUACGACAGGCUGGGCCGGCAGCUCAUGGACCCCCAGCAGUCAGCCGUGUGGCAGGACACGGAGGCCUUGUUGUUCGGCUUCCAGUCCAUCGCUGAGACCAUCGACGUGAAUUACUCCGAUGUUAUCCCCGGUCUGAUCGGCCUGAUCCCCCGGAUCAACAUCAGCAACAUCAUGCUGGCCGACACCGUCAUGUACACCAUAGGGUCACUAGCCGAGUGGCUGGCUGACCACCCGGUGAUGCUGGGGGGCAUAUUACCCAUGGUGCUGCAGGGCCUGGUGAAGGCAGAGCUGUCUGUGUCCAGCGUUUCCACUCUGAAGAGGAUCUGCAGGGAGUGCAGGCAGGACCUGGGCCCCUACGCUCAGGACAUCCUCACCGUCUCCCAGGAUGUGCUGGUAAAAAAAAUCCACAAGAGCAGCCAGUGCAUGUGGCUGAUGCAGGCCUUGGGUUUCCUGCUGUCUGCUCUGCCUGCAGACGAGAUCCUGGGCCCACUGCACUCCCUCAUCACGCCCCACGUGCAGCAGCUGGACACGCUGGCCCACGAGCCUAAUCCAGCCAACAAGCAGAGCAUGGUGCAGAUCCUGGGGAUGCUGUCCAGCCUCUUCAGCACUCUGGACGUCAGCAGACAUGCAGAUGGCUCGGAGGGAGCGGCCGCUGCUCGACUCAUGCCCUCACAGAGCCCUCGUCAUCCUGUUAUGGUUGUGCUGCAGCAAGUCUUCUCCCUGAUCCAGACCAUCCUCAGCAAAUGGCUCCAUGACUCAGAAGUAGUUGAGGCAGUGUGUGGGGUUUUUGAUAAAUCCGUACGAACCCUCCUACACGAUUUUGGGCCCAUGGUGGCCCAGCUGAGUGAGAUGCUGGGCCAGAUCUACAGCGCCUUCCCACAAGCCCCAGCCCUGGACCUGGCACGCCAGAUGGUUCACAUUUUUUCUGGAGAGGAGCAUCACAUCCCCGACAUCAGAAACCUCGUUGAAGUGUUGACCUCAACCACACUUGCUUUAUUUCAGCAAGGUCCGAGGGAUCAUCCGGAUAUUGCAGAAUCGUUUUUGCUCCUCCACGCUCAGAUUCUUAAAAGGAAGCCUGCUUUGUACCUGUCUGACCAGCUGGAUGUUAAAGCGCUGUUUUACUGCGGGAUUCUGUCCAUCAAGUUCCCAGAGACACCCACUGUAAAAGCUGCCUGCCUGUUCUUCACAGAGUUCCUGAGUCGCUGCAAAGACACGCCGGCGCUGAGUGAUGUGCUGCAGACGGACGGGAAGCUGCUGACGGAGACCGUCCUCCAGGCGGUUGGAGGAGGGUCCCCCCGCAGCCUGACGGAGCACUUCUCGGACGUGCUGCUGAAUUUAAACAGACAUUGUCCGGCCCUGCUGUCGGAGUGGCUGAACGAAACCCUGCAGAGCCCGGGGUUCCCCUCGGCCCGGGUCUCCACGGAGCAGAAGCUCAGCUUCACCCAGCAGCUUCUACGGGAACAAAGCAACAAGCGUCGCGUCAGGGAGGCGGUGCUGGAGUUCUCCCUGCUCUGCCGAGGCCUGCAGGGCUCCGGGUUCUCCCAGUACUAGUGGGAGCUGCUGCUACACAGCUGCAUCAGCCUUUUUCCUGGUCAGCAAGAUGAGGAAACUCCUGCAGCUAAACCACCUGACUCUGGGCACUGAACAACUUUUUCUUUUUUUUCAUUCAAUUAUUGAUGUAAGAAACUGACGACGACACACGUGUGGACCGUUUUUAGGAUAUCUGGGUGUCCAUCCAGCAGGUUUUUAAUCAAGCGCCUGUCCCUUUUCAAUCAGCGCCAUGAAUAUACAUCAACUAACAGAACACCAAUAAAACACCUUUUCUUGCAGAUGCGCAAUCAACUGUGUUGGGUU